CUAGUACUUUUAGGUGCCUGGCCGUUGUGCUUCAGGAUUCUCGCAGGGUAAUUAAAUGUUCUUAUUGCGAGGAAUAUAGACCCAGGUCCCAAAAAAAAAAAAGCGAUCGCCUAGCGUGAAUGAAUGAAUGAACGACGUUCUUUUGGGUUUGGCCCUGUUCUUUUUAACGAACCGUUUUUUUUGAUUCUCAUUUUUUAGCGAAAUAUCUUUCUUCCAUUUUUCUUGAUUCUCAUAUUUAUUCAAUUCCCGCUGCAGUUGAAAGCAGGCUGCAAAGGCGACGGCAAAAAGUCGCCCAACCGGACGAGGCGCAAGUGUUUGACUUGCAUAAUGAUAGACACCGAUGAAGAUAAAAGCCUGGAAGGAGAAGGAGCUCUUCCUCUUUGCCGCGACGUUUGAUCCUGCCUAUAAAACUUGAUCAACCAACUCCAACCAACAAUAUGAUCCGAGCAGCAGCAGCCUUGUCCUUGAAGAUGACAUCACUAUUAAAAUUGAUCUUAGGUGGAGGCUCCUGUGAUCGUCUACUUGUCAGCGAUCUUGAUAUCACCUAUAAAUAUGUUGAAGGUGAAGCGAUCCUGAUCACAGCGUUUUUUUUUAUCAUCAUCUACAGAAGAACAGUGGACGUAGAAGAAGCAUCAUACUUCGAAAGUUCAGCACAGGCGAAAAGAAACAACUACGACUAUCUGGUAAGUAUCUGAUAAUGAUCAGCAUUUUCUUUUAGAGCAUGAGGUAAUUGCCGAUGCCAACGCUAAGUUGUAAUAAAACAUCGAGAGUGCCAGAGACUGAGACGAGCAACCCGUAUUUUCAUUUUAUCCAUUUCAGUUAACAACUCAAUACUUUAUCCAUUUCAGUUUUAUUACGUUGAACAAGCAGCUUUAAUAGAAUAGAACCAACUCGAUCAUCCCGAUUGAAAUGUCAUCGUCUCGUGCGCAGCUGCUAAAAGCGGCCAACGAGUGCCAAACGAUUUCCUUCGAGCAGGUUCCGAACAGUUUUCGGCAUCGUUCGCAGUACUAUCAGAUUUGCGCCGCGAAUGUCAAGGCUGAAUUUCUAUCCGCCUUGUACGAGGCUCGUGGAGGCCAGCUGCGCUUCCGCGUUUGCUCCCCCGUCAACCGCCUCGUUCACGAUGGUCAGAGCUAUAUCGAAGUCGAGCCUGUGGGACUCGCAAAAAAGCAGUCAAAAAAGAUGAGUGCAACAUCAACCAGUGUCCUGGUCCUCCAACAAGCUCCUCAUGAUCAAGUACUAGACCUCGUCAAAGCUUCUGUUCCAACAUCAAGGUCAACUGCUUUGGUACUUCCCGGAAGCUCGUCGUCAACCGGAGGCCCAUCGUCUGGUACAGCGACAAAAGCGGGAGCAGCAUCUUCGUGCUCUAGAGCAGACGAUACACUGAACCAGUUGUUGGAACUGCGUGAUAACGUCGCUAGAAAAGUCAUUCCUGGACUCGAUCAAAAUCGAAACUAUAACUGCACCAAAUCUUCAUACUCCUCACAUAAUAGUAAUACAGUGCCACUAGUUGUACCAGGAGCCAAAAACUCCUUCAUUCUCAUUACCGGCGUUCAGGAGACUACGCAAUUGAAGUAUCCGGAGCCGAAAAAUGAUGAGCAGAGAGCGGAAAAUGCGAAACGCCGUGUGUUUCUUCGUGGAAUGGGACUCGAUUGUUCUGGGGGCCCGAAAAGCGCUGGUGGUGGGACCUUUGACGUCCUUGCCUUUGUUGGCGACUACAUUGCGCGCUUUGACUGUGCAACGACGCGGGAAAAGGACGUGGAGAGCCGCACUCCACUCGAGGAUGCCUUAUUGCAACCAGGAAAGCAGCCAAAAAGCACUCUCGUGGCCAGCAAAAAGAACAAGGCCAGCAAAAACAAUAAAAAUAAGGAUGCUAAAAACGAAGCUAAAAAGCUAGAUCAUGAGCUCGUAGAGGUGCCGAUCAAUCCUUCACAGCAAGAGGCGGUUGACUCUCUCACAAAGCGCAUCAACGUUGUCGAGGGCCCACCCGGAACCGGCAAAAGUACGACCAUUUAUCACAUUCUCAAAGCUUACAUCAUGGCCGAUCCUUCAACAACCGCUCAAGAGGCAGUGGACAAGCGCAAUGGCAAGGGCCAGGGCAAGAACAAGAAGGGCAAGAACGGUAACGCCAAGAAGCAACAAAAGAAUCAACAGUCACAUCAAUUAAGUGCAAGUGGAGGUACUGAAAGUGAAAACCCGCUUGUCCCUCAUCAAGCUAAAAGCACUUUCAUCCGAGCUCAAAAAGCCGCUUUAGUGACGUGUGUGACGAAUCAGGCUGUGAAUGCCGUAAUGGAGAAACUAGGUCCUUUAGAUGCCCACGGAGUGAAAUCGCUAGUCCUUGGGAACCCGAGUAAGAUCGGUGCGGCUGCGCAAGGAUUCACCUUGCAAGCGAAGGCGCUACGAGAUCCGUGGUGUGCAUUUAUCACAGAAGCUUCCACAGUGAUGUCAGCCAUGCGAAACGCUGUGGAGAGCGCUCAACGAUCACGAAUAAACAGACUACUGGGUGGCGAAGCAGUGAAAUGGUCAACGCCAGAGGGCCAGAAUCCAUGCAAAUCAAACGUCGGAGGAAAAGGCCGCGGGAAGAGGAACCGAAAUGAUCGUAAGAACACGAAGGGGAAGAAGAACAAGAUGGACAGUGAAUGUGGAGAUGUGUAUUACCCCUCUCCGAGCCAGGGCAUUACCAAGUCCCGCCUGACCUUUUCACAGCUACGCCAGCUGUUCCAGAAAAAUUUCACUUCCGACUACGACGCUCUUGUAGCAAACCGCGACAAGCGUUUGAAGGAGAGGCUAGAUUAUUGCAAGAAGGACAAAGCAAAGCAGGACGCGGCACGCAAGGAGAGCGAAAGCGAGUUUCAAGAAGCAAUGGAGUGCGCUCAUUUAGCUGUCGUAAACCGUGUGCGCCAUGCCAUGGCCGCCGCCUUUGUGGAGGCAAAGAAAUAUCGAAAAACGCAGCGCUUGCUAUCCAUCCUGCGCAACUGCGUGAACCGUGUCAGCCAUUUUUCGUAUUACCUCAGAAGCUCAGCCAUGCGCCGCACUGUGCGUGAAAGCAACGUUUUCCUGUUCACCAUCAGCUCUGGGCAUCAAAUCCUACGACUGCAGCGCGACUAUGAACUGGAUUUUCCGCCACGGCUGUUACUCGGCAUCCUAGACGAGGCAGGCGCCACAGCCGAAACCUAUAUUCCCCUCAUUCUAGAGACGGACAUUGAAAACCUCGUUUUGCUUUUAUGGCGUGCACUCAUAUAAUUAAAGAGGCUAAACCCCGAGAAUGGGCACAUCAAUCAAUCAAUCAAUCAUAAUAUUUGUUGUAAGUAAAUGUAAAAACUAACUACGUCUUCUUCUUCUUUCACCUUCAGGUUCAGGAGGGUUAACGUUGUAAUAGUAGUUUCUAGCAUAGUGGUUGAGGAGGUACCCUAGUAGUAGUUUCUAAUCGAAAACUGAAAGCAACCGAGUUACUGACUGAAAUAAGGGAGGAGGUAGCUUAGGAGGUAGCUUAACCUUAACGCCAAGGCUACUCUUCCUUCUCAUAAGUUGCAUCUCGGUUAUUCUAAUCAGUUACUUGCUUAUUUCAGUUUUUCGAAUAGUAGAAAUGAAUGCUCCAACCAAAAGCACUCUAGUAGUAGUUUCUAGUAGAAAUGAAUGCUCCAACAAAAAGCACUCGGUUCCUCUAAUUCACGGCGAUCAACGACAGCUCCGACCCUUGGUGAUUGCACCUGAUAGCGAGAACGUCGAUGAGAAACAGGUGACCCGAAGUCUGCUUGAGCGAUGUGUAGCCUGCAAGAGUGGAAGCACGAUGCUGCGAGAGCAGUACCGCAUGCCACGCAAGCUGUGCACAUUGGUUUCGCGUCUUUUCUACAACAGCAAGUUGAUCACGCCCGCCAGCAAGGUGGAGCUGGUGCCGAAACGUCUGCAACUACGAUGGAUCGACUGCGGAUAUGCACACGAAAUGCAGCUUGGAACCAGUUACAUCGCGCCGGCGCAGGUAGUGGCGACGCUUUGCCUGCUUCUCGGGCAUGCUCGCGCGGGAGACGUCGAGAUGAAGAUCAAUUCGAAUUCAUCUCCUGCACAAAAACAAGAUUCAGGACGAGGUGGCAAGACUAGACGGCAGCGUAAGGCAGAAGGAGCACAGAAGAAAGAUGCUUGUAGUACUGAUCAAGCUAAUCAAGAACAAAAAGCUGAACAAGAAGAUGUAGAUGAGAGCACGACAUCUCUGGACCAGAUAGCAAACCCGAGCGCAGAGGUGAUGGUGAUCUGCAUGUACCUACCGCAGAUGCGGCUUCUACGUGCUGCGUUGCCGAGUUCUGUGCUUCAGAGAGGCAAUUUCCGUCUGGUCACAGUGGACGCUGCUCAGGGCACUGAGGCAGACCACGUAGUUCUCGUAGCAGGUCGUUGCAACCCUCAUCGCCGAGUUGGCUUCACCAAAGUGAAAAACCGCUUGAAUGUAGCGAUUUCACGUGCUAAGCAAAGCCUGACUGUAGUUGGCUGCUCGGCAACGAUGCAAAGCGAUCCCAGUUGGCGACAGGUGGCGCAAACAUGCACUGUGUUCGGAUUCGAGGAUCCUUCCUCUAUGGCUCAGAGGGCUACAAAUUCCAACUUUUCCAUCAAGUCUAACAAGGCCUCUUCAUCUUCUAAGAAUAAGUCUAGUACACGACCAGAUAAUACAUCUGCAUCAAAAACUAGCAUUAAUUCAACAGCGGGUAUACAGGAAGUAGCUGCGCAGGUGGAGAAGGUUGUUGGAACGCAAUUCUCCAAUGCGCGAGAGAUCGAUUUUGAUGACCAACCUCGAUUCCGCAGAGCCAAAAAACAUCAGGAGAAGCAAAGCGAUCGCGCAAAAGGGAAAGGUAAGAGUAAGGGUAAGGCUGGCGAGGUCAGCUUCAGCAGUAAAAAGGGUAACAAGGGUAAAGGCAAGAGAGGCAAGAAUAGAAACAAUGACUCUAAAGCAGCAGCGGGCGAAACAUCUGGUGCUGGAACGAAUAAGAAGGGUAAAGGCAAAAGCAAAAACGGAAAGGGUAAAGCAGCAAGGUCCACGGUGAACAAAAAGGCAUGCUGA